AUGGACGACGGUGGACUGCCGUUCGAAGGGAAGGCAGCCAGUCCAAGACGCUCAUCCUGCGGCAGGCAUCCAGCUCGCGAGGCAGCCGCCUGGCUCAUUGUUGCGGCGCUUUGUGCCUACAUUAUGGUAACAAAGCUGUGGGCUACGGAUCUCUAUCAAGUGCCAAUCGCUCGAAGCUCUGUCGAAGGCGGAUCCGACUUCGCUUCCGCACGAAGUGCUAUCAAACAUCUCACAACCCAAUUCACUUCGUCGCUAGAGUUUCGCGACUCAGAGCACAUCUAUCGAGUCGCCGACAGUGCUACCCCGGCAUAUAUAGGCAACAGCUCGAAGCAGGAAAUUGACAGCAACUGGGAUGAUUUGAUCCUGCCUGCCGAUAUAGACAUCUCUGACGCAGAGGCCGCACCCCUGUUGAAGCAUGGUGCGAGCAUCUACCGGGAUCCGACGACAGGCAAAUACAGAAUCGAGCUGGAAGUCUUCCACAGCUUGCACUGUUUGAAUAUGCUUCGAAUGCGGAUCUACUCGGAGCAGUAUCCUGACAUGCUCACCGAGAACGCUCGGAUACAUGUUGACCAUUGCAUCGAAAGUCUACGGGAACUUAUCAUGUGCGAAGGCAACAUGACGCCUAUUCCGAUCGAAUGGAGCGAACUGGGUGGUCGGAUCAAUCCAAACUACGCCCAAAAGCACUCAUGUCGUGACUUCAACGCACUCAAGGCAUGGACUCGGGCUAGGGCAGCGGCGGAAUGA